UGCAUAUCAAAGACCAUUCUAUAUUUCUAUACACUAAUGGUAUAUAUAUGUAACCAAAUAAUGAGCUCUUAAACUAUAAUUCUAACAAAAAUGGAGGAAAUAAAGAGUAAGGAGAUAGAGAAAUUCGAGUCGAAAAUGAAUGAUCAUGAUGAAGCAGGAGGAGGAGAUCAAAUGCAGAAGAAUGGUGGGAAGAAGAAUGAUCAGAAGACAACUUUAAGAACACCAGCUGAUAUAUAUGAACACCCUUCUUUUUACUCUUUUAUUCUUGACAUGCCUGGCCUUGAUGCUCAGAAUAUUAAGGUGAAGGUAGAAAAUGGGAUACUUCAUGUAUCAGGAAAGAAGAAGAAGAAGCAGAUAAUCGGAGAACCGGCGGCCGGAAACGAAGGAGUAAAGGUGAUAAGGAUAGAAAGGAGGAGAGCAAGGUACAUGAGGAAGUUUACUUUGGCAGCAGAUGCCAGUCAUGAAGAUGUCAAAGCAGCUUAUAAGGAUGGAGUGCUCUCCAUUACUGUUGUUAAGAAUAAUAAGCUGCACUCUGUUGUACAAGUUGAACAGUCCAACCACAACAUCCUCACUAAUAAUGUUUCCAUCUCUUAAUUUAAUAAUUAACAUACAAAUUACUUUAUUAUUAACACUAUUACAUUCUCUUUCUCUCUUUAUCUUCAUGUUUUAGUUAUUUGUUUAUUCCUAAGAUGUGUUGAUAUGGUAUGGAUCUACUGUUUAGAAUGGCUUUU